AUGGAGAAGGGCAUCGCGCCGAUACCAGCCCUCUACGCCUGCUAUCUCUUGAGGUCCAUCGCAAGGCAUUCGUCCUUGUACAUUGGCAGCACGCCGCACCCACCACGACGUCUCAAACAACACAACGGAGAUGCUGGUGGAGGCGCGAAACGUACGUCGAAAGACUCGCUCAGGCCGUGGGAGAUGACUUGUCUUGUCACGGGCUUUCCGAGUAAGAUUGCGGCUCUUCAGUUCGAAUGGGCAUGGCAAAAUCCAAACUUGACUCGCCACAUUGCACCGGACGAUCGCAUAACGCAGACCAAGAUGACUUCACGCAUAUCACCCAAGACAGGCCGCGUGCGGAAACGUUCAGCGCGACCGCGUCUGUCUUUGACGGAUCGGCUGGCAAAUCUGCAUCUCCUGCUCAGAGCAAACAGCUUUGAAAGGUGGCCGCUAAAAUUGACGUUCUAUGCCGAGGAUGUGCAUCGAGUCUGGACUAAGCUGCCUGGUGUGAGCGUCGAGAGACUGCGCACUGGGAUUGACGUUGUUAUGGAUGAAAGUAGUCGAGGCCUGCCAACUGCGCCAAAAGCGGAUGAUCCUGCUUUGCCUGCUACUGCGGUAGGGAUUCAAGCUGUGGAUGUUGGCUACUCGAGCUUCAAGCCACAACUUGAGAAGAGCCAGGUCCUUUUCUCUGGAGAAACCAGUCACGACUGCGCGGUUUGUAACAAGGCGGUUCCAUCCUCGGGCGCGGUAACUUUGAUAUGCCCAGACGCGGCAUGUAACGCCACUACGCACAUUCAGUGUCUAUCAAUUCGCUUCCUCCAAACUACAAAUUACAAGGACGCGAUGGUGCCCACACAUGGACACUGCCCGAGCUGCGGUACUAAGCUGCAAUGGGUGGAUCUCGUCAAGGAGCUGACACUGAGGAUGCGCGGCGAGAAAGAAGUCAAAGCACUGUUCAAGCCGAAGCGAGCGAGGAAAGGCACUGUGGCGAAGUCAGCAUCUGUCGUCGAUGAGUCUUCUGCUGAAGACGAUGAUCCGCUGGACAUGGUGCUUGACGAAGAGGACGAUCACUUCCACGAGCUGCCGGAGAGCAGCGACGAUGAGGCGCCGAGGAUAAGAAGCGAUCCAAGUCCUGGCCAUACCGCUUUCAAGCGACCAAAGCCAUUCACAACGUUCUCGGAGCCAGUCAUUGAUGAUAGCGAUCCGGAUGAGGUUGAACUCCUCUAA